UUCAUAAAAGAUUGUUUACAUUAUCACCAUUUAAUAAUAAAUGUAUUUACAGUCGAGUUCGUUCGCAUACAACGUACUACGGAACAGUUUUUAUUUCCCACAAAUCUCGAAAAUAAAGCUGCAACGAGCAACCUAAACCUGGAACCGAUGAUGGAAGGCCCUACCGGAGAGCUGUUCAACUGCGUGACAUGUCGCCGCCCGGAUUCAGCGCAGAGCAUGGUCGCUUGUGACGAGUGUUCGCAAUGGCAACAUUAUGGAUGCGCCGGUGUUACGGCUACCAUAGCCGAUCGAAGCUGGCUCUGCUGCAGAUGCGUAGCUAGUCACAACGCAGUUAAUUCGACUCAAACCGGCAACAUAAACUCGCCCGAAGCACACACAACGUUUGCUUCAGCUCGCGCCGCUGAACGUCAUGAUAAUACCACCGGUCCAAUAAGAGGGAGACAGGACGAUCCAAAUUUCGGAAGACUUCAAUCCUCGUCUAAUUCGAAUGCCGGAUCAGUCGUCUCAGUCAAUGCUAUUGCUCAUCUUCGUUUAAGGCACCUGAAAGAGCAAAAGGAUUUGGAGGAUCAAAAAGCGGAACGGGAUCGCGAGUUUCUCGCUAGAAAGCAGCAGCUAGAAGCAGAAAUAGCUCUGGAAGAGCUCAAUGAAGGAUGUGAUCGUAGCGUAGGAGGAAAAAGUCAUCGAAGUAUCGCCGGUUGGGUGGAACAACAAUGCGGAUUCGUGCAUACUUCUACCCCAGUCCAGCAGAAACCCGAGACAGUGGCUCCAAGUGCGAACCCACAUCCCGCCAUCCAACAGCGAGAGGAGCGGCAAAGAAUGCAAGCAGUUAUUCAAUCAGGUCAACAGAUUCAACCAAGCACUGCGCCAAAACAAGCAGAGAUUCCACCAGUGGCUCAGAAUCCAGUUCCACCUGUACCAGUGAAUCCGCUAACAUUGGCACCGCCGAGCUCGUCGCAGUUCCCUGGAUUUCCAGUGAUGAAUAACCCCUACGGGGCGAUGUAUUUUCCGAAUAUUCCUGACAUGCCGUCAUCUGGUGCUGAUUAUCAGUUUGCGCACCCUCAGGGAGGAGUCUUUAUCAACAACCCAGUCAGGCAUCCGAACUUUGGUUUGAAUGUACAGCCGUGUGCUUGGCAAGCAUCCGAGCAGCACCCGCCUACAGUUCCACCAACAGUGUCAGCAGAUUUGGGUAAAGGAUUUCCUCAUGCUACAGGUCGCAUGAUUACGCCACAGCAACUGGCGGCGCGUCAAGUUGUCUCUAGAGACCUCCCCAAGUUUUCCGGGGACCCACUCGAGUGGCCCAUGUUCUUGAGUGCAUUUGAAUCGACAACGGCCAUGUGUGGCAUACAACCCGACGAGAACCUCGCUAGGCUACAGAAGAGUCUUAUUGGUAGCGCUCGCGAAAAGGUUCAGAAUAUUCUAACGCUGCCGGAUGCAAUCCCGGAAAUUAUCGACAUCCUACGAGCCGAGUGUGGAAGGCCAGACCAAAUUGUAUACUGUCUGCUAUCCAAGAUCCGGAAAACCGCUCAGCCAUCUGUGACGAAAUUGGAGACGCUUGUGACGUUCGGCAGAGAGGUACGCAACAUGGUGACGUACAUGCAGUCAGCGAAACUGAACACCCAUUUGGACAAUCCACUAUUGCUGGCAGAGCUUGUUGCUAAGCUUCCACCCGACUUGCAGCUACAAUGGGGUAUGAAGUUAGCAGCUCUUCCGGAACCAUCGCUUGGCGAUUUCUGUGCGUUUGUGUCGGCUUAUCGAACAGCGGCAUGCAAGGUGAAAUUGACGUCGGAUGUUGGUCUGAAUGAAAAAGCCACAAAAGGUGUUGUGAGAAAGGAGAAGCCAGUUUAUUUGAACGCACAUUCCGCCUCCGUGUCCUCAGCGCCUGGACCACCGGCUUCGAAAGUUACUCCGGUGCUAAAGCCGUGCCUGAUGUGCAAAAGUACAACGCACAGAGUCCGAACUUGUAAGCAGUUCGAAACGUUGCCGCUCGAAGAGAAGCUGAGGUUCAUCAGUGAAACGGAUAUGUGUAAGCGUUGUCUGGCGCCGCAUGGAAGGUGGCCUUGCCGAAACAAGCAGCCUUGCGGGAUCAAUGGAUGCCCUGAGCCCCACCAUAAACUGCUACAUCCAGGAAGUUGUUCGACUCUCAAGAGUCAAGGAUCGGAAUCUUCGGUAUCGGUAACUGCCCAUCAUCAACACCAGCAAGGCACCACUUUCUUCAAAAUACUUCCCGUGACUCUUCACGCGAACGGGAAGUCGGUGUCCACAUUUGCUUUUCUGGAUGACGGAUCCGACCUGACGCUGGUCGAAGACGAACUUAUCGACGAACUGGGCUUGGUGGGCGAAAGAAUUCCGCUUUGCUUGCAGUGGACUAGUAACGUCACGAGAAGUGAAAGUAACUCUCGUAAGGUCGAGAUAGGUAUCUCGGGUGCUUCGAACAAUCGCAUCCAUCAGCUGGCGAACGUAAGAACCGUUGAGAGCUUGGAAUUACCGAAGCAGAGCCUGGAUUAUGAGAGUCUCUCGAACCAAUUCCCCCAUCUGAGUGGACUUCCCAUCAGCAGCUACCGGACGGCCGUGCCACGAGUUCUUAUCGGUGUCGAUAAUGCCCAGCUCAACUUAGCUUUGAAGAAGAGGGAAAGAUCCGGAGGAGAACCUGUUGCUGCUAAAUUUCGCCUCGGAUGGGCAAUAUUCGGUGGAAGACGAGCACCUGAGACGAUAGGUAGUGCUUUUGUUCACGUCUGCGAGUGCUCCAAUAGCCGCGAGCUCCAUGAAAUGGUCCAGCAGUAUUUUGAAUUCGAAAACCUGGCGAUAUCCGGAUUGAAUCCGCCCGAAUCCGAUGAAGAUCGACGGGCCAGAAGAUUGCUCGAAGAGACGACAGUUCGUACACCAUCCGGAAAGUUCCAAACUGGAUUGCUUUGGAAAAGCGAUGAGCCGGUUUUUCCGAACAACUUUAGCAUGGCAGUACGUCGACACGGUUGUUUUGAAAGGCGCUUGCUGAAAGAUCCCGAACUGAAAACUAAUAUUGACAAACAAAUCAACGAUUAUCUACAGAAGGGGUACGUUCACAAAGCGACGUCAGACGAGCUCCGCAACAGUGACGACAGAAAGAUUUGGUACCUGCCAAUCAGCGCAGUGCGACAUCCGCGCAAGCCAACGAAGGUGCGUGUAGUCUGGGAUGCUGCGGCUACGUAUGGAGGAACCCCUCUGAACUCCCAGCUUUUGAAAGGGCCGGAUUUGGUGAAGCCGCUUCUAUCUGUCCUCUGCCGAUUCCGACAGAAACAGUAUGCCAUCGCUGGGGACAUAAGGCAAAUGUUCCACCAGUUGAUUAUUCGUCCGGAAGAUAGGAACGCACAACGAUUUUUGUAUCGGGAAAAUCCAGAAGCUGCGCUCGACGUGUACAUAAUGGACGUCGCAACGUUCGGGGCAACAUGCUCCCCGUGUUCAGCACAGUUUGCUAAGAAUAAAAACGCCCAGGAACAUAAACAUCGCUAUCCGGAAGCUGCUGAAGCAAUCGUUGACAACACAUACGUUGACGAUUUCCUUGCGAGCUUUGAUACAAUUGAAGAGGCAACGAAACUGGCUUUGGAAGUGAGUUUGGUCAACCGAUCGGCUGGUUUUGAGAUACCUAGUUGGCAGUCGAAUUCCGAACACCUCCUGAAACGGGUUGGGGUGACUACUGGAGAUGAGAUGAAGAGCUUUGCCAUCGAGAAGACGACAAAAACCGAAAGAGUCCUCGGCAUGAUGUGGGUACCGAGUGAAGAUGUGUUUGUAUUUUCGGCGGAUUUCCGAACAGAUCUACUCCCGUUGCUGUCUGGGGAAACGCGACCAACAAAGCGGCAAGUGUUGCAGGUAGUCAUGAGCCUUUUUGACCCGCUCGGAAUCGUGGCCUGCUACACCAUACAUGGGAAAAUUCUCAUCCAGUCCAUCUGGCGUUCGGGAAUUCUGUGGGAUGAUCCUAUCUGCGACGACGACUUUGAUAAGUGGCAGCGCUGGAUCAAACUGGCACCGAAGUUGGAAAAUGUAAGAGUGCCACGUUGUUAUUUCCCCAACUACACUACCGGCAGCUACAAUUCACUUCAGCUGCAUGUGUUCGUGGACGCCAGUGAGCUGGCCUACUGUGCUGCGGCCUACCCAAGUAACCAUAAGCACUAA